UCCGUUGCUCAGCAACAGGCGGAUGGAGCGGAUCAGUUUGAACGAGGAGGCGGCGGCCGCUGUCGAUUCUUAUGUCGAAUAUCGGAGAAUUGUUGGUGAAGAUGAUGGUGGCACCCUUUUCACACCAGAGGAGUACGAAAGGUACAAGAAGGAAGUAUUGCCAAUACGAUUGCGAAAUCGAUUGUUCGUCAGCUGGACAUCACCCAAUGGCAUUGACUGCAAAUUAGUUGGUCCAGAAACACUCUGUUUUUGCAGACACAGCAAAUCCGUCAACAGUGCCACCACGCUACUAAAGUUUGACACUAACCUCUGGUAG